UUCCGGUUCCUGUGUUCUGAUAGGACCCUCCAUCUCUUCUCUACUCGCACUCUACAGAAUGAACUCAAACCAUGCCUUCAUCGCGCUCAAUUCCUCCCAUGAGACCCUUCCACCGUACCGCGGAAGUGCAGCCUUGUCACCCGCCCUCGACGAGAUGGCGAAGUCUGAAAGUAUCGGUCGAUCCGCAAAUACCUCAGCACCUUACAAGUCAAAACCCUUCCUCCCGCCAACCACUUAUAAACGGCAAGGUUUCUUCCGACGUCACAUAAGCCUUUGGAGAGCCCUGCCUGUUGCUCUCGCCGCUAUCUUUUGGUCGGCGCAGAUGGUGUACUUCAUCUUCUACUUUAUCACACGACCUGCGCAAGAAGACGGGUCGUGGCCUCGGAUCGGGCCCUCAUAUGCCCUGUUUCCCUUUAUCUCAUGCGUCGGUGCCGUGCGAGAGUUCUCCUUUGAGUCCGUGUCCAUCACCGUGGCCAUCUUGCUGUGGACGGGGUUUGGGAUCGACUACAUUGUGGGGAGACAAGCUCCUGUGGCAAUAUGGUGGCGGCGAGGGAAGCUGUUCUGCUCUAGCAUCUCCUCGGUCUUUCUGAUUGCGCUGUCAUUCGCCAGCGAUGAUGUCCAUCAUAAACUGCAUCUCAUCUUCACCAGCUUCCAGAUCUGCUUCAUGGCUCUGGCCAAGACAUGUGAUUGGAAUCUCGUCCGAGCGAUGAGAGAGAGGACACCCAAUAACAGGUUCAUUGAAAGGGUGAGGAUUUGGAAGAGAAUCGCCGUGGUGGUUGCCAUGCCUUCUGGGAUCAUGGCGAUCAUCGGCAUCUAUAGCUGCACAGCCAAAGUGGAACAAGGGAAACUCAUCUUCACUCCAGUCUGCUGGACACUGGUCAGCUUUGCGGCUCCGGCGGAGUGGACAUUGUCGUGGUGCUGGGUCAUCUUCCUCGCGACAGUCGCGUACGACAACUACCAUCUGGACUAUACCGUCCGGCUCCUGCUGAACACGCCGCCUCCCCCACCGAAACGGAAAUCCCACGGGCUCGCAUUCUGGCGACGAUGGAGCGAAAAGGAUCCCGCUUUCGGCGUGGACAUGGACGACUGGGGUGAGAGGCAAGGCUUGACCAACGCGGCUGCACCGACUUCGAAUGAGAGGGGCGGUGUCAGCCCGCCACAGAUCCAGAUCCAACGGUUUAGUGAGGGGCAGCAGCACCAACAACAGCAGCAGCGGAAGCGUGGGAGAUCGGGCUCCAUGACAGGCAGCUUCAGGGAAGAACUUGACGAGGAGGACAUUGCCGGAAUAUCGCAUGACGGCAGUGUAACUCCCGGGUGGGCACCGGCGACGAUGCCGCGGUCUGUGUUCGAAGGGAGCGGGUAUCAGCAGGUCAGGAGUUCACCACCUCACACUGGAGAAGCCUGAACCGUGGCAUAGUGGGUGGGAGGUGCGCGCUAUGCGGCUCCAGCACGCGUAAAGAACAAGCUCUCCAGGGCCAUGCUUGUUGUUCCCCCCGUGAAAUGUAUUAUGUGUAUAUGUACUCGAGUCAGCUGCGCCCGAACCCCUUUAGUAUACCUACCUAAUAGCUUACAUCCAGGGAUUUCAG